AAAUAAUUGAAGAACCCAUUUGGUAUAGGUAUAUAUAUAUAGAUGACAUUAACUGAACUGGACAUAUAUUUUUAUGGGAAAUCAGAAUCUGAACCGGAACAUACUGAAGAAGAGAAUGUAAGGGAAACAAGGAAAAGACCAACUGGGAAACCGAGAGCCAAUCAGAAUGAUCCACUAAUUGAAGAACCAGAGGACCGCCGUGGUUCUCCCAUAGAGGAGCCCCGGAAACAACGGGGACCUGUGAUUGAGGAUGUUACCGGCCCAACGCGUUCAGAAACAAGAAACGUCGACAAAGAAUCAAAUGUUUCGAGAAGACCACUUCCUCCGAACACAAGAAUAUUUGAUGAGCGACAAGCAAAUAUCAAUACGCAGAAAGUUGGACCAAACUCGUUAAGCAAUCAUGGUCCAAGUGAAGAUGAUUAUCAGACAAACAAUCAAUAUACUACCUCAGAAAAACGUUCAUGGCAUUAUAAUUCAUGGAGAGAUUCGGGACAGAAACCCUUAGAGAAAGGGGGCAAUGUUAGAGAAUAUAGGUAUCGUCCAUCGUCGCAUAAAUUGAAUUCACAAAAGACUGUUUUAACAAGACCUGAUAAAAACAACAGUUUAAGAGAGAAACCAGCAGAAAGACCAAGAAGAUAUGUAUUGGUUAAAAAAAAGAUGGAUGACAAUUUUGACAAUUCUAUUCCUAGAAAGUACAAAACGGACGAGGAAUCAAAAUUAACCGAACAAAACACGAAAACGGACAAAGAAUCAAAAUCAGACGGCCAAAACAUAAAAACGAAACCAAACAUUGAAAAGACAAAAUCAGCUGUAGAAACGAACAACAAUAGUACCGAUGGUUCUACUAAUGAAAUUGUAGGAGGAGUACAAAUGUGGAUGCCAUGAAUAGACGAAU